UUUCAUGCCCCUGUAUUGGCAGGCAGUGGCAGCUGGGAGGGAGCAUGCAUCUGUCUCCCCACACAGCGCUCGCUUCCUCCUCACUGACGGCUUCUGGGUCAUGCUCUGUGACUGUCAAGCCCCGCAUCAGCAUCCUUCUCAAGGGCCCUGCCAGCAGCCAGUCCUCUCCCCUUGGUCUGCAACCCCCUUGGCGGCUGCGGGCAGGGAAAGGCCAUUCUUUGGGCUCCUCUGGGGCAGUUGCAGCCACCUGAGAAGGGGCCGAAGCUCACAAGAGCAAGCACAGCCCGGCCCCGGCCCCUCCCCAAACAGGCCCAGCAGGUCUUUCAAACCUCCUCCUUGGGGGUGACUAGCUGCCAGGGAAUCCUGGCACCAGGCCUGGUGUGAUGCGGCCCUGGCACAGCGGCAGGUGCGGGAGACGGGCGUCCUUUGGGGUGGGCCUGUCCUGACCCACUGCCCAGACUUUGAUGGCCCCACAUCUCUUUCUCCCGGGGGUGGGUCAGCAGGCAACCAGAGCUGGUCCCCACCUGCCAGGCGAGGAUCUGAGACACCAGGCUAGGGGUGGGGGACCCGAGUUUUAAUCCCGCUAUAGACACUGGGGUCAGCUAGGGAAUUUUUCAUACUGGCAGGGGAACUGCUGCAAGCUCCCUCCCUUCCCCCGCGAUCCCCUGCAGGGACAGGAACAGCCGCCCCGCAAGAGGGACUGGGGAUCUGCUCGGGGCAAAGGGCACCGCUCCCGCUUGGCCAGGGCCCGACUACGGGGUCCCCGGCUGGAGGCGGAAGCCCCAGCGACGCGAGACCCCCAUCCCGGGGCAACCGGCUCCAGGGCGAGCAGAAGGCGGUGGGGGUGGGUACGGCGAGGGGGCGGUCCGCUUGGGGCUGGCGGCUCCUCCUCCCGGCUCCCCAGCCAAUCGAGGCCCGCCGCCCCUCCACGGCUCCGGGCGCUGAAACCCGAGUCAGCAGAGUCGAAGCCAGCCUGGCUGGGAGGGAGGGAGCCGCCAGGCGCCACCGCUUCCCGGAGCCGGCGAUGGAGCGGGCGCCGCAGCAGCCCCGACGCGCUGCUCGCUAGCAGCACCCCGGCCCUGCCUCGAGGAGCCCGGUGGGGCAAAAAAAAUCAGGGCUAGGGAGGCACCUGGACCACUGCAAGGCCCCCCUCUGCUCUCUCCCCUCCUCAAAGAAUUGCCAAGAGACGAUACAGACUGGACUGGGCUGUGUGGAGGGGCAUUGGAGAGCUGCUGGACCUCCAGAGCUGCUAUUCAGAAGCUCCACCAUGAGGCUGCCCCUGAUCUGGGCACUGCUGCUUUUCCCAGCUGGAAGCCUUGCCCAGAGCUGCCCAGCUGACUGCCAGUGCAACCAGCCUCAGACCGUCUUCUGCAUCGCCAGGAGGAGCCCUGCCGUCCCGCAGGGUUUGCCACUAGACACGGCCCACCUGUACAUGUUUGAGAGUGGCCUCCGCUUGCUGAAUGAGGACAGCUUUGCAGGCCUGCCCGCUCUGCGGCUCUUGGACCUCUCCCAGAACCUAAUAGCUAGCCUGCCACGCAACGUCUUCCAGCCACUGCCAGGACUCCACAAUCUCGACCUGUCUUCCAACCAGCUGCAAGAGGUCACCAACGAGAGCUUCCACGGACUGCGCCUGCUGGAGCGGCUCUACCUGGAUUGCAAUCAGCUCCAGAUCAUUCACCCAGCUGCCUUUGACUCACUGGAAAACCUCCUGGAACUGAAGCUCCAGGACAACCAACUGCAGACAGUGCCACCGCUCAACUUGCCCACCCUCUUGCUGCUGGACAUCAGCCGGAACAAAAUCACGGCCCUCGAGACAGGCACCUUCCAUGUCCGGAGCCUGGAGUCCCUGAAGAUGGCUGGUCUGGGCCUGGGCAGUGUGGAUGAGGAGCUCCUGCAGAACCUGCGUAACCUCCACGAACUGGAUGUCUCGGACAACCUGCUGGCCAGGGUGCCCGGGGUCCUGAGCCAGCUGCCUGGACUAACCAAGCUCAGCCUGGCAGGGAACGGCCUGAUCUCGCAGCUGCGGGCAGAGGACUUCCAGCAGCUCCAGCAACUCCAGGAACUGGAUAUCAGCAACCUCAGCCUCAACAGCCUCCCCUGGGACUUCUUUGCCUCCUUCCCCAGGCUCAGGGCAGUCACAGCAGCGGAGAACCCUUUCAACUGUCUCUGCCACAUGAGCUGGAUCGUCAGCUGGGUAAGGCUCGGCAAAGCCUCACUCCGGAGGCCAGAAGAGACCCGCUGCCACUUCCCCCCCAAAAAUGCAGGCCGACUGCUCCGGCAGAUGGAGUACGCAGACUUUGGCUGCCCAACCACCACCACCAGCACCAGCACCCUACGAGCAACCAGCCCCAAACUCACCAGCCCCCUUCCCAGCAGCAGGCCCCUUCUUCCAGAGGCCAGCCCCGCCGGCCCCACCAGCAGCGAUGGCGGCCUCACACCCUCUGCCUCCCUCACCCCGGAGGGCCAGCCGAGCCCCGAGGCCCAGCUCUGCCCACCGCAUACCUGUCUUAAUGGGGGCCUGUGCCAGCCAGGCCCCAACCAUCAUCCGGAGUGCCUCUGCCCCCUGGGCUUCACCGGCCUGUACUGUGAGGUGGUCAGGGAGCAGGUGACCUCUCCACCAGAGCCCACUCAGGCCAAGCAAAUAGCCAUCAAGCACGUGGGGAGCACUUCCGUCAAAGUGGGCCUGCAGAACUACAUCCGCUCCAAGACUCAGCUCAAGGGCAUCCGCCUGACCUACUGGAGCCUCUCGGGGCCAGACAAGCGGCCCAUCACCCUCAGCCUGCCAGCCGCCUUGCCCGAAUACACGGUGCGGGCCCUGAAGCCCAACUCCUCGUAUCACAUCUGCGUUGGGGCCCUGGGCGACAAGACCGCACAGGAGGAGCUCUGCGUGGAGGCCCACACGCUGCACCCGAGCCACCAACAGCACGCCCCCGUCGCCCAGAGCAAAGGCCCUGACCUGCCCAUAGUGGUGGCACCUUCUGUAGCAGCUGUGCUGCUCCUGCUGGGGCUGGCGGCCGCCGGCUCCUACUACGUGCGACAGCACAGACGACAGAGGAAGGCCCAUGCUGCCCCCGGGGCCCCCGGCUCCGGCCCGUUGGAACUGGAGGGGGUGGCGAUGUGUGGUGAGAAGGGGGAGCUGGUCACGCAAAAUCCCAGGACUGUGGCGCCCCUCAGCCUGGAGUGUGAGGUGCCUCUCAUGCACCCCCAUUUCACAGGCACUGCUACCCUACAGGCCCUGGGGCCUUCCUACUUUUAGGGGCACUGAAGGGCCCUGGCCCAGCAGUGGCCCCGAGUCUGGCAAAGCAUCUCAUUGGUGCUGAAAGUGAGGGUGUGGGUGGCUUCCUUGGUGCCAGUCUGGACAGCGCCCAGGGAGAGGCCAGAGAGGGGCACAGAAAGAGGCCUCUUCCUACAGCAAGAGGACCCUAUGUGCCAGCACCCGAGUCCUCUGCUGAGGGGAGCCACAGCCCUGCAGACCUUUGCGGGCAGCUGUAAAGAAAACCUACAUGAAGGAGCAGAGCCUCUUCCGUUAGCUGAGGAGGAGGAGGAGGGUCAGAAACCAAACCCUCCAGGCACCCCCAGUGGGCCCCAAGGGCUCAACACUGAACUCUUAUUUGUCACUGGUUCCUUUCCUCCGGCGCAGUCACUUUCCUCACAGACUGAUAUGUUUUGUAAAAUCAGAUGAUAAAUGCUUUUAUACAAAAACAA